AUGUCCUAUAAUCGCGUAUUGUUUCAUACGUUGAUUGAUAUUUUCAAUAGCUGCUCUUGCGGAAUAGAUAUUUCGAUUAAAAUCUUUAUCUUCGGUUCGCAAUUAAUCGAUAAUAGUCAAAAAGAGUUAAAUAAAAAGCUGUUAGAUUUGAACGGUGCUGAUUUCAGUUCAGUUGACUUUAGUUCGCUAAGUCGUAAAAUACAUUAUGAAGAAGGCGCUAUCAGUUUUCAAUUUUCGUUGUAUUUACCAAAUGUACAGUUACAGAAUACAUCAUUUCGUAAUAUAGAACUCCACGGUUGUGAUUUUAGUUUAUCAAAUUUAGAAUCAAGCGACUUUACCGGUGCUAAUAUCGUUAAUACAGACUUCAAUGGCACAAAUUUACAGUAUUCAACAUUUGUUGGUGGAAUCCUGCUUAGGGUCCGCUUUUAUGAAACAUCGUUACAAAAUUCCAUUAUUAUACCAUUUCUUUCUGAAUAUAAUACUGAUAUAACAUUUAUGGAUGUCGAUUUCACAAGAGCUAAUUUAAGGAAUGCUACAAUCAAUGUAACACAAUUAAUGGGGGCAUAUUCAUUAGACAGAACUAUGCUACCAAAUGGUACAUUCUAUCUUGAAGCACCAUUAAAUCAGAAUCUAAUUGUUCCAGAACCAAAAAAUUUGCAUGAUUGUUUAAUGAAUGUCAAUGACAUUGGAUCACCGAUGGAUGAUGGUUGGACAAAGAAUAGUUCCAUUUCCCUUACCCACAACUGGAUUCUCAAAGAUUUUAUAACAACGGGUCGCGCACAAGUAGUUAACACGAGUAGCACAAUUUUUACGGCUGACUGUCUGUAUUGGGGUGGUAAAUCAUCAGUUAAUACAACGACAAUGACACGUAUUAUUUCAUUGGAAAAAUAUAUGAAAUGGCUAAGAUAUGGUCGUCUAAGAUAUGAAUUACAGGGUGAUUUUGGUACGAUAAAUAAUCAUACGUACGGCGAUUAUUGUCAGUUGAGAAGGGAACAUACAUAA